AUGUCACAGAAACAGCAAGUCAUUCUAAACACUCCUGCCAGGAAGGUCUUUGCCAGUCAAUUGCACAAUGACAGCAUCCAUUCAGAUUCCAGCAAUCAAGUCUGGCUACAGGGUAUUGUAGUGCUAGUGUCUGCAGAUGGAAAUGAUCUGUUUCUUGAUGAUGGGACGGGUAUAAUCCAAGCUAAUGGAGUUACUAGAAUUGUGAAAGAUCUCUUCAUCCAGAAAGGUGAUUACAGCACUUUGUACUUACAAUACACUUUUAAUAGUUCGUGUUAUUUUUAAUUUCUUGUACGCAAACUGGGCAAGCUAGCUUGUGUUUGAUAUUACAAUAUUUUCCUCAAUGACAAACUGUUUUCACAGUAAUGAGUUGCUUGGAGUGGAGAAAGUAAAAUAAUGAUGUCCGAGUCAAUCAGACUUAAAUUUCCUAAAGAAUUGCCAAAUAUGAUACUUUUUGCAAAAUCAUCUUAUUAUUGAUUUAACUGGAAAAAACACACUCUUGAAGUGGUUUAAGAAAAUUCCAGGAGGUAUUGGCAUCCUAUCUAAUGGUACACACUCAGUUAAAAUAAAACAAUGCAAAGAAGAUCAUUGAAGUUAAAGAUGCAACUGAGGCAGUUGUGAAAAGAAUGCUUUAAAAAUUUAGGUUUGCCGGGGUUUCUAACUUUGUCCCUCUGAGCUAGCAGUUGACUUGCUACAAGACGACCUCAUGAAUUCUUAGUGAGCGGAGCAAGCAUUUUAGGCGGCAAAGCAGCCAAGCAGCAAGCGAGGAAGUCAUGAGAGGUCGACUUGUCUUGCUUGAGGUUUCCAUUUGCGUUUCGUGCCAAAAAUGGGCCAGGGGAGUGGCAUGACUGGCAUUUGGGGUUUUAGGUUGCCGUACAAAAACAAUCAAAAGUCUGCCAGCUGAACUUCUGUAUCUGGUACUUCCAGAUGCUACCAAAAACCCUGAGAAUUACAAAGCAGUUCUUUGCUUUUACUGAAGUGGUUAAUGAUGAAAAAAUUCUUUAGUGCUGGUCUAGUAAUGUUAACUUAUCCUUAACUUGUUACAAUGUAGCUCAAAACACGAUAACAUUGCUUGACUUUGCUAUUAUCUGGUACUGUCUUUGUACAUUUCUCCCCGUCUUAAGUUAUUGACUUAUGUAUUAUUAUUAUUAUUAUUAUUAUUAUUAUUAUUAUUAUGCUGUUACAACCAAUAGUAUGAAAUUUUAAGUAAUUUAUUACUGAACUACUCAGGUCGUUUAGUUUUUAUAUUCUGAGUACCUUUUUGCCUGAUUUAGUUAAUAUUUUAUUUUGUUCUUGUACACUUUUGUGUAGUAAAUACAAUGGUUGUUAUUGUUGAUUAAAUUAUUGAUUUUAAUUUUAUUUUAGGAAUGUAUGUCAUGGUUGCUGGUCAGCUGAGGUCAAGUGUUACGAUUACGGAGUGUCUGCCCAGCAUCAGAGUGUUAAAGAUUGCUGACCUAACCAAUAAUGCACACAGUGAGGUAUUGUGGUUAACAGAAGUUAUCCAUGCCCAGCUGAAGAGAAGUGCUCCAUGA